CCGCAUCCGCAAACUUCCGCAGCCGCAACCGCAACCGCUGCGGUUGAACCAGUCGGGCCCUUAAUAUAUCAGCCUUUUGAUUUCAAAAAAAAAAAACUUAAAUCAUAGAGUUUUUUUUUUGUCAAAGUCAUAGAGAUUUCAAAAAAAAAAAAUCAUAGAGUUUAAAAAAAAAAAGAAGAAGAGAAUAUCACUAUUUUUGUCCACUUCGGCCACUAGUAUGUAUGAAUAGUCAAAUGUACUUGAGGAAAGGGCAAAGCUUGGCUAGCAAGAUAAUAGAGGUCCCAUCCAAGAAACGUGUCCAAGAAUAUUUGUAGCUGGUUUUGUGGUAUAAAUACAUAACAUAACCUUCUCCUAUAGUAACCUGAAACCAAACAUAAACAACAUCAGCCAUCUUCUAAAGUUUUUAAAAACUCCGAUCAUGUCUCUCUUCACGUCCUUCUUUGGUUGCUUCGUUCCGAAAUCCGGCUCAAGGAUUAGCUCAGACGAUGGUAGUACUAGUAACUCGAAAGUCAUGUCUCUGGAGAAAGCAAAAAGAAAAGCUGAUGAUACUUGGAGAGCUCCGAUCAUAGUGACUUAUUUUCCAGUAGGUUCGAAUCUUUCCCGUUUGUAAGAGAAUAAGAUAAGAUGAACCUGGGACCUUGACAUAUUUUGCAAGGCUCUGUUCUUUUGUUCCCCUUGUUUGUUUGAUAAUGUAUAAAUUGUAAUAGAUCUACCGGUUAUAUUUGAUAAAAACAUAUAUAUUGAGGCUAAAUAAAAGUUUAAACGUUUA